AUGGUAGUCAUCAAGAAGCCUCAAGCUCGCCCUUUCGACAUUGGAAAGUGCGCGCGACCCAAUAUCUUGGCACUUAAACCCUAUAUUAGCGACAGGUGCCUUCCAGCAGACAUAGACAUUAUUCUACUCGACGCCAAUGAGAAUGCCUUUGGACCUUGUAUUCCAUCCGCGAAAAGGACCCCGAGUCCCGACGCCGGUGUUGAUAUCCAGUCUACUCUUGACCCCGAGGCAUUGCAAUUGCAUCGCUAUCCCAAUGAGCAAUCAACCGCGCUGAAACAACUUCUUUGUGAUUAUCGCGGUGGUGAUACCAAGGCAUUGUCAGUGGAUAACAUAUGUCUUAGUGUAGGCUCCAGUGAAUCCAUUGACACGCUCAUCCGUACUUUUUGCACGCCCGGAAGAGACAAGAUCCUAAUCUGCCCUCCAACAUUUGUCAUGUACGAGGUCAGCGCGAACGUCAACGAUGUGGGCGUGGUACGCAUCAGCCUAGACACGGAAAAUGGGUUUACUCUUCAAGUCUCUGCUAUUAAUGAAGCCUUGUCCCAAGAUCCGAGCAUCAAGAUUGUGUUCAUCUGCACGCCAGGAAAUCCUACGGGCAAUUUACUUGACAAGUCCGACAUCCUCCAGAUCCUAGAGCAUCCAACUUGGAAUGGUGUCGUGGUGGUUGACGAGGCUUACAUUGACUUUGCUCCGCCUGGCUCCAGCAUGGUCAGCGAUGUAAAUAAAUGGCCGAACCUUGUUGUCACACACUCAUUCAGUAAGACGUUUGGUCUCGCUGCUAUACGACUCGGCAUUACAUACUCCCAGCCCCAAAUCUCGCGUUUACUAAACAACCUACAAAUUCCUUAUCGCAUAUCUUCUCCCACCGUGGCACUGGCAAUGGCGGCGUUAUCGGCUGAGGGGAUAGCCUUGAUGGAGUCGAGUCGAGCCAGGAUGGCCAAACAAAGGAAACGGAUGCAGCUUGAACUGCCUAAGAUUCCGGGCUUCGGCAAGGUUCUCGGGGGUUUUCAGGCAAACUUUCUUCUCGUUCAGUUUCUCAGCAAGCCUGCGGAUGAAGGUGGCGUCCCCGACAACUCGGUGGCAGCAGCAAUCAUGAGUGAGCUUGCUGGCGAGUCUCGGAUACUGGUGCGAAAUCUUGGGGCUCAACCGGGAUGUUUGGGUGCUUUGAGGAUUACUGUAGGCACCGAGAGGGAGGUGGAUGAUCUUCUACUACAGCUCCGGAGGAUGCUCAGAGAGAUCUAUGCUGGUCGGAUGAGAGAAGAUCUAGAUACUUAA